GACCAGUGAGUAAAGUAUACACACAUAUAUAUACUCCCACCCACAGGUUUAUCGCGUUGAGUCCUCUCCAAGUCACCCUCUUGCGUUACCACUUCGAGUUCCUCCAGCAGGAAUCUGCUUGCCUCUUGCCUCGUGAUAAAACACUCAGGCUAACUAUCUACUAAAAUGGCACCAAAGAAGGACGCUAAGAAGCCAGAGCCCGCAAAGAAGGCCGAGCCUGCACCGGCGCCCGCACCGGCGCCCGCUCCUGAGCCUGCACCCGCACCUAAGGCGCCGGCAGUCGACCUGUCAGCCGUCAAGACCACAUUCACUCCUGACCAGAUUGAGGACUACAAAGAGGCCUUUGGACUCUUUGACAGAGUCGGGGACAACAAGGUGGCCUACGACCAGGUGGCUGACAUCAUGCGCGCUCUGGGACAGAACCCCACCAACAAGGAUGUAAAUAAAAUCCUGGGGAACCCCACCCCAGAAGAACUGGCCAACAAGAGGGUGGACUUCGAGGGCUUCCUGCCUAUGCUGCAGACUGUUGUCAACAGCCCCCAGAAGGGUACCUUUGAUGACUACGUUGAGGGUCUGCGCGUCUUUGACAAGGAGGGCAACGGCACAGUGAUGGGCGCUGAGCUGCGUAUUGUCCUGUCAACACUGGGUGAGAAGAUGAAGGAGAACGAGGUUGAUGCUCUUAUGCAGGGCCAGGAGGACGAGAACGGCUGUGUCAACUAUGAGGCCUUCGUCAAGCACAUCAUGUCUGUGUAAGACGCCUCUUCCAGGAGUGGUGUGGAAGCUGAAGUGUAUCUGCAGACCCCAUGGUGUCAGGACAUCCAUUCACUGUUUCUAAGACCAACUGAGGAAACUGAGAAGGACUGUGGGAUGUUGUUUCUGUACCGUUCUUUUUUUUUGUUUGUUUUUUCCUUUUUUGCGCGACCUUUUCUCCUCUUCCUCACUCUGAAGCCACCUCCCCACAGUGUCCCCUUUGCCCGCCCGGACCACCCCCCCCCCCGGGGCGUGCCUCUUCACAGGGAGUGGGAACAAGGAGAAGAAGAAGGGGGGUGAUCACUCACCAAGUGGAUGGUCAUCCCGUCUGCGC